UAUAAAUAUAAGGCACAGAAUGACUACCGGUUAGUUGGUGCAAAACUUCUCAAGAUUUCACAAUGCGUCUUAGUCUUAUACUGGUGGUGCUAGGCGUCGCCUUCGCGGCAGCUGUCCCCAGAAAUCCACAAAGGAUUGUUGGUGGAUCAGUAACCACUAUUACACAAUAUCCGUAUGGCGCUGCCUUGUUGUUCUCUUGGACUGGUGUAAACUUCCGACAAAACUGCGGUGGAACCAUCAUCAACAACAGAGCUGUUCUCACUGCUGCCCACUGUACCGAAAACGACCCACCAGCCAGAUGGCGUGUGCGCGUUGGAUCUACAAACGCCAACAGUGGCGGUGUCGUCCACAACACUCAACAAAUCAUCAUGCAUCCUAACUACAACAACCGUAACUACGACAAUGAUAUUGCUAUUUUGAGAAUGUCCUCCAACUUCGCGUUCAACAACAACGUACGCGCUGGAAGUAUUGCUGGUUCCAACUACAACCUUGGUGAUAAUCAACCUGUUUGGGCCAUCGGAUGGGGAGCUAUUACUUUCAGGGGACAGAGCUCAGAGCAGCUGCGCCAUGUUCAAAUCUGGACCGUCAACCAGAACGUAUGCAGACAACGUUACGCUACCAGGCAAUCGGCUAUUACUGACAACAUGUUGUGCUCCGGAUGGCUCGAUGUCGGCGGUCGCGACCAGUGCCAAGGCGACUCUGGCGGCCCCCUCAUCCACAACAACGUUAUCGUCGGUGUAUGCUCCUGGGGACAUGAAUGUGCUCUUGCCUUCUUCCCUGGUGUUAAUGCUCGUGUUUCGCGCUACACAUCUUGGAUCCAGUCCAACGCCUAAAGUUUUGCAUCAUGAAUAAAGUGUAUCAAUCUGAAA